CGCCCUAUCACUCAUCAUUAUGGACAAGCCUCUAGAUUGGGACUCGUUUAUCUUCCGUCCUGUCGAUUUUGAUGAUUAUUUCGAUCAAUAUCCUGAGCGUUUAAAAGCAUUUCACAAGUUCAUGCCGCAUGACAUAAGCCCUACUCUCAUCUUCACUACCCUUCCCAGACAGUUCAAUACCAUUAUGAUACCACUGCAGAAUGAGGAUGCUUUCUUUUUCGAUAUACUCGAUGUCGGCCGGAUAUCUGAGGAUGGAGAUGACUUUUUCCGCCGGCUCGGGGAGCGGCGGGAGAAGAGGCUGAAAGAGCUGCACAAGCUCUGGAAGGAAGCGCUGGACCCCUCCAAAGCAUACAGGAAACUCCGCAACGAUAAGGAUAUGCAGUUUUUUAGUGAUAUUACUCAGAUCUACUUUCAGAAGUCCUUCGAUUCAUAUGCUGCAUUUUUUGCAACGCUUAUGCUACGAUCAAAGGAUAUUAGCAUCUUCCGCCAACCUGCUACAUCGCGCCCGACUGCAGCCAGCGCUGCCGCCCGACCCCAAGAAGCAAGAUCAUCUCCUUCGGCAUACUCGAGGUCUGAAGGAGGCGACCUGGCAAGCCAGGAAGCCUGGCCGCCAUUCGAGUCAACAGAUGAGGAAUGGCAUCCGAGAGACGAAAGAGGCGACCCAGCAAGCCAGGAAGCCUGGCCACCGUACGAGUCAACAGAUGAGGAAUGCCAUCCGAGAAACGAAAGAAGCAACCCGGCAAGCCAGGAAGCCUGGCCACCGUACGAGUCAACAGAUGAGGAAUGCCAUCUGAGAGACGAAGGAAGCUCAGAACGAAGCGGAUCGCCCCCUCGAAGCGAAUCGCCCCCUCGAAGCGAAUCGCUCCCUUCUAGAUACGCAACACCACCCGAAUACCGAACCAGCUCGCCUGCGCCAACAGAUACGCUAUAUCCCCCUGCGAGGCAGGCUCGGAAUGGGGGAGAGAAGAGCUGGGAGAGGGCUGAUAUUCCUGUGGCAGGCAAGAAGAAGGCGAGAACAGCAGCAUCCCGCCCGUCGCCAGGCUGUGUGCUGAAGAAGCCGAGGAAGAAAAAGAAGCAGAACCCGGCCAGAGACCGCAACCAUGCCCAGCCUGCUGCCGGCAGCAGACUGCAACAGACAAAGCAUGAGCAAGCCCUUGAAAAGAUGCUCCAAGGGCUGGCGGGCAACGAGCGAACAGAGAGCCUACCGCCCGGCCAUCCAGCAGAUAGAGUUGGAGAGCUUUCUUCAUCAUCCCCUCCCCCCUCAGCCCUACAGCACAAGCAGCAGCAGCAGCAGCAGCAGCAGCUGCCGAAGAGAGGGUCUCGUCACAGAGCUGAGCAGCUUUCACAACCAGCAUGCACAGCACUUGAUGGAGUUCGUGAAGCUAAGAUAGCCAAGGCUCGUCAAAAACAUAAGCCCCGGAAACCCGAAGCUUCCGCCCAGCUGUUCUCUGCUGCCCAACAAGCGCCGUCUGGCCCGGAGCCUCCUGUUCCUCCCCCAGACAUCCUAUCAACAGCAUCUGUACGCAGGAGCCGACGGCUGAAGGAGAAGGCGCAGAGCAGAGCAGCUGCAGGUCUCGAUGCCAGGGACAGGUGA